CACUCUAAAUGAUUUCCCUCAACUUAAAAAUUGCGAGAGGGCAGCAUGCAGAGCCACACAGAUGGCGUCCUCAGUUGGUCUUUCUUAUUUUACGCCGUACGUGAGGUUACGAUGGCGGGUCAAUAUACAGAUAGACGUUGUAAACCUGUAGGUAUAAAUAACAGUUACCUGUGUUCGUAGUUUUACAUUAAAUUUGUUUAUUUGCAGAUCUUGUCGAAACCCAUUACAUUACACUUUAGGUAGAAAUUUACACUGGUCAUAAAUCAGGUAUCUUAAUGCACUUAUGCAUUAGAUUUAGCUGGAAGGCGGCAAAGUUGAAGACAGUUAUCGUGAGAAUAAGUGGGAUUAGGUAAGAAGGCGCAACUUUUUUGAACAGUUGUAUUAAGAUAUUUAUAGAAUUGUUACGUUUUCAAAGUGCAAGAAUGUUUUAAAAUGUAAAUAUUAAGAUGACACAAACGCAGCAAGAAGACUUUAUGACAUUAGCUAAACGUUACGAGGAUCACUUGUCGAAGCCACUGUCUAAACUUUUGAGGUUUUUCUAAAAUAUUGCUGAUCUUUUAAAAUAAUUAUGUCAUCAAACGAUGUCUUACUGAGGCUGUAUAUAGACGUACCAAGUAAUACAAAAUAAAUUAUAUGUUAGUGUAGUGCCGGUUAAUGCGGGAUGAAUAUUUUUAGAAGUGAGGUGAAAAGAUUAAUAGCAGAUCCAACUACAUUUAUGUACAAGUAUGCCAAAAAGGCCUAUGGCGUGGAAGGCCGAGUCUUCAACCUGCAGCCGAACCCUUCUCUUUUUAGUCCACUGGAAUGAGAAACAUGGAAAUAAAGCCUAUCUAUACAAAAACAACGCGAACUCGUAAAUCGUAGUAACGACCAGAAUCAAUAACUUGACCUAUGAAUAUCUUUUUUCAGGAACCUAGGCUUUUCUCGCCGACGAGUCGUUACUUAUUUAUUAAGUGCCGGUACUAAACUGAAUGCAGAUUAGCUUUGAAACAGCCCAGAAGCCCCUACGCCAAGAAAUGCACUGAUGGUUCGCGCUCGACUUAAAAUGAACAGCGCCGUGGAAACGCAAAAUGAAGUUGGUAAUUCAUCCAGAAGCAAAUGUCUGUCAGGGAUUGACAGUCAAAUCACCUAAUAUGAGAUCUACCUCAACCUCCAACAUUAACCCUGGACAUGGACGCAUUGAAAUAUUGCAAGUUCCAGACCUGCUCUGUGACUUUGAGACUUCCUGUCCCUGGACUUUUUCCAAUUAUAGUGGCAAAGGAGACUGGCUGAUCAUGUCGCCACAGCAGCUCUGGCCCCACAUUCAUAUACCUCAACCAUCCACGGAUUACAGCAAAGGCACUUCUGAUGGACACUUUUUGCUUCUACUUCUGCACGGCAGUACAUCUGGGAUUUGUGAAUUCUCCCUGACAAGCCCUGUGGUGGUAACCAGCAAACCAGGGUGCCACCUGCAGCUGGCUUUUUAUCAUCCUGAAGCAGGAAAAGGAAAUCUGUCUGUCCAGAUCAGAGCAGCUGACAGCAAUGUGAUCACAGAUUCUCCACCACUGCAGAACAAAAAACUAGGUGUCAGAGGGCAGUGGGAGCUGUUGACAGCUCACAUUGGUGAGGUGCCUACUCCAUUCCGAAUCACUCUUCUUUACUCUGCCUGUGGGUGUGAGAGCCUGAGUAUUGUGGGACUUGACUCCAUUAGUCUUGUGGACUGCACACAAGAUGGAAGACAUCCAUGGCCUGGUGAAGAUGGUUGCACAACUGAUAAUUCCUUCCUUUGCGAGGUUGGCACGUGUAUCAACAAGAAAAGACUGUGUGACUUCCACAACGACUGCCCACUAGGAGAGGAUGAGGGUGCUCUGUGUGAUGCACUACCUCCUGGUUCCAGCUGCUCAUUUGAGAGUGGCAAGUGUGGAUGGACAGUGUUGGGGGAACAGCACUCCUGGAUCAUAGUGACAUCAGAGGAUCUUUCCAAGAAUGAAGAGUUAUUGGGCUCUGCUCUGAAGGUCACACAAGGACACUUCCUGUUUUUACAACUCCGUAAUAAGCACAUGGAAGGAAGUGCUUCAGUGUCAAGCCUCACUCUACCACCUCCCUCUUCAUCUGAGGACUGUCUGGUUCACUUUUUGCUGUAUCUGUUUGGAGUCUAUAAUGGCACCAUAUCUCUAUUAAUCCAGGACAGUGACAUACAGGAGGGACCUCUUCUGGUUUGGCAACAAGCAGGUAGUUGGAAAAACAACUGGGUGGAGAUCACUGUGCAUCUGCGUGAUAUAUUACACAGUUUCCAUUUGAUCUUGAACGCUACAUGGGGCACAGGUUCAAGGGCUGAUCUUGCUGUUGACAAUAUCGUCUUUGGUGUGUCUUGCUUUGAUUUAGGUAACAGAAGCCCAUCCCUUAGUAACAAGCUCCUGCGGGACACCGAGUCUGCAAGUGAUCUGGGUUUUACUGGCCUGCCUCAUGAACCCCUGAUGUCUGAUGAUUCUGGGAUGACAUGGUUGUUUACAUCCUGUGGAGCCAGUGGCCCUCGUGGGCCAACACCAGCCCAGUGCAAUAGCUCAUACCAGAACAAGAAUCUGAAUGUGACAGUAGGCAAGGAGGGUUCACUAAGGGGGGUUCAGAUGUGGCACGUGCCAGCCACCAACAAAUACAUCAUUUCAGCAUAUGGAGCUGCCGGAGGGAAAGGAGCCAAAAACCACAACAUGCGUUCUCAUGGCAUCAUCGUCUCAGCUGUGUUUCAGCUCAAGAAAGGUGACAUCCUCUACAUUCUGGUUGGCCAGCAGGGGGAGGAUGCUUGCCCAGGGAAGGAUCUUUUAACCCAGCAGAUUUGUUUGGGUGAGUCUUCAGUUAUUGAAGAUGAAUUUAGCGAUCGCACCUUAAACUUGGGUUGGGCCGGUGGAGGUGGAGGAGGAGGUGGGGCCACCUAUGUAUUCAGAAUGGAGAGUGGUACCUUGGUCCCGCUUCUGAUUGCUGCUGGAGGUGGAGGAAAAGCCUACCGAGAGGAUGCAAAAAAGAGUCUAGCUGACAGUCCUCUUGAGCAGUAUGUGAACAGCACUGCUAUUCCAGGCACCAAUGGGAGAACUGGGGCAGCAGGUGGUGGUGGUGGUGGUGGCGGUGGCGGCGGCUGGAGUGACAUCACCAAGCACAGUCAGGCUGGUAAAUCUCUCCUGGAAGGGGCAGAAGGUGGGUCACCAUGUCCCCAAGCUCUUUCCAAAUUGCAGUGGACCACUUUUGGAGGAUUUGGGGGUGGAGGAGGCGCCUGCACUGCUGGAGGGGGUGGCGGUGGUUACAGAGGAGGUGAUGCUGCUGAGACUGAUGACUUGACUGUAGAUGGGCAGGAUGGGAUAUCCUUUGUCAAUCCACUUGGAGAGAUUUUUCUUCAGCCUUUAGCUGCAAUGGAGAGUCAUGGAGAGGUAGAGAUCAAGGUGCUGCUUAACUGUAGUCACUGCCAGUCUGAGAGCUGCAAACGAGAUAAGGAAACCAAAAACAUUAUUUGUCUUUGCGAUGAUGGAGAGAUUCUGGCUAGUGACAAUAUCACUUGUACAGCUCCACGAGGACCUGCUCCUGAGGGACAUUUGUCCUUUCCACUGAUCUUGGCUGUGGUGGCAUCAACUGUGCUGACUGGCAUUGUCCUUGCCUGUGCCAGCCUCACCCUAAUUUACUACAGGAAGAAGAGCCAGCUAGAAGCUGUCCGUAUGCGUCUGCAGAGCCCCGAGUACAAGCUGAGUAAGAUCCGCACUUCCAUCAUUAUGACCGACUACAAUCCCAACUACUGCUUUGCAGGCAAGCCAACAUCUCUAGGAGACCUGAAAGAAGUUCCACGUAGAAACAUCUCCCUUCUCAGGGCCCUAGGUCAUGGAGCAUUUGGUGAGGUAUACGAGGGCCGCGUGUUGGGAAUUCCAGGAGAAAGUGGCCCACUGCAAGUUGCAAUCAAGACACUCCCAGCAAUCUGUUCUGAGCAGGAUGAGAUGGAUUUUCUCAUGGAGGCUCUCAUUAUGAGUAAGUUCAACCAUCAGAACAUUGUGCGCUGCAUUGGAGUGAGUUUGCAGACACUGCCACGCUUCAUUCUGCUUGAGCUGAUGACUGGUGGUGACAUGAAGAGCUUCCUAAGGCAAAAUAGACCUCGACUGACACAAAAGUCAUCACUCUGCAUGUUGGACCUGCUACACAUGGCACGGGACAUUGCCUGUGGCUGCAAGUACUUGGAGGAGAAUCACUUUAUUCACCGAGACAUUGCUGCUCGGAACUGUCUUCUGACUUGCGCCGGAUCUGGAAGAGUAGCCAAGAUUGGUGACUUUGGGAUGGCUCGCGAUAUUUACAGAGCCAGCUACUAUCGGAAAGGGGGACGAGCAAUGUUGCCUGUUAAGUGGAUGCCCCCUGAAGCCUUUUUGGAGGGAGUUUUCACUUCUAAAACAGACACAUGGUCAUUUGGGGUUCUUCUUUGGGAGAUUUUCUCUUUGGGUUACAUGCCAUACCCCUGCAAGACAAACCAAGAGGUUCUGGAAUUUGUUACAAGUGGGGGAAGAAUGGACCCUCCUAAGGGAUGUCCUGGUCCAGUCUACCGCAUCAUGACCCAGUGUUGGCAGCACUGCCCUGAGCACCGGCCCAACUUCUCCACCAUUUUAGAGAGGAUUGACUACUGCACUCAGGACCCUGAUGUCAUCCAUACACUUUUGCCACUUGAGUGCUCCCCUGCGGUGGAGGAAGAGGGUGGUACUGUGAUGCGUCCUGAUAUUUCUGGGGGUGCAGUUCCCAUGCUCGUCACUUCUGCACUGACCUCUGAACCUGAUCUCCAUCCGAAUGGCCAGCAUACUCAAGCCUUCAAACAGAAGAUUAACUUGCAGUGCCCCCUGCAGAAACCACAGGAGUUGUCAGUCCAGAGUGAGAGCUUACGAUGGACAGUGCCCAAGGCAACAAACAGGGGUUCACCUGGGGCUUGGCUCUGCUCAGACCAAGACUCGGCUACCCAUUCAAAUUCAACCAAUCCUAGGCUAAAGAAUAAAACCAAAAACUUGUGGAACCCUACCUAUGGCUCAUGGGUCUUAGAGAGCUUCACCCGCAAAAGCACUCAACAGCAGCAGUUGCCAUUCCAGCACUCAGGAAACACUUCCAACACCACCACCACUGAGAAAGAAGACUCGGGAUUUGAGGGCAAUGGCAGCUCUUCCACCUCAAGUUCCAGAGCUUCACCUUCUUCUCCUCGGGCUUGCCACCCACAAAGUUCCAGCAUGAUGCUACGUGGAGCUGCCAAAGGGGCCACAGUAGGAAUGGAUCUGGUUAAACUUCAGAGCUUUCCCUGUGGAAACGUUAAUUAUGCUUAUGAAGACCAAAACUAUGAGACAGAGAGCCUCCCUCUGAUCAUGAAGGCUUUAGGAGAACCCAGGAGUCAGAUGGUGGGGAGCACUGGCAGUCCCUCACUAGCAAGUGAGCAAGACAGCCAACUAGUCAACAAGGCUGAAAAGCCACCCCGUGACCGGGACUCUGGAUUCUCGUUGUCCGAAGACCUUAGUGUGACUCCCGUGUAGGACUCCCUCACUAGAGACUGGAGAGAAGCCAGUGACGUGAGGAGAUAUCUCCGUGCAGGAGACUUCGUAAUCCAAACCACAAACCUAACAGCAAGCAAUCGCACUUCUACACCUACAGGUUACACGGAUGGCUGUGCGAGACAGUGAUCAGAUGCUAGCUGUCCGGUCACUCACUUUAAUUAUUGGCUUGGUGCUUCUGGGCCCCCUGGUGUGGGGUGCUGAUGAGCUUUUUGAAAGUUCUCGGUUUUGUAUUCCUCCCUUUCACAUAAAGUCAAAUUGAAAUGCAGGACGAAUAUGUACUGUACAUAUGAUAUGAAGGCCACGUCAAAGGUAAUGGACAUACUGGAACUGCCGAGAAACGCCUGACAGUACUGAUGUGUGUGACGUUGGAACCAGUAGCUCCUUCUCUUAUUCGAAUGAGAAAGGACCUCACUUAGCUUAGUCACACAUUCAUAGCUCAGUGUGAGAAAACGGUUGCCAAGGAAAUGUGGGCUUUUAGUGAUGGAGGAGAUGCCAAUGGCGGAUAUUAUUAAAGGAAUUCAUUGUGCCUGUGGGUGCUUGCGGUGUCUGAUGUUGAGUAAAACACCUUAAGGCUAUACUAAAGGCAACAGAAAGCUCAGUGUCGACGUUCGACAAUCAAAGGAGCCUGGGAUACGAUUGUUAAUGGGUCCUGUCAUUUUGAAGUAUUCAGUUGUUUGUGCCCAUUUUCGAAUGUCAAUAUUUAAUUCUUUUGUAAGCAUUUGCUUAUUUUAUCAUCAUUAUGAUGGAGGCCAUUUUGUGUUUUGGAUUUUUAGAUACUGGUCACCAUGUUGUUUACGAUUGCUGUGCCUGCCACCUGUCACGUGACAUACUGAGCCAUCGUUGCUGCACACCGAGGGCAUCCAUACUCGAUAUCCUAGCUUUCUAACUUCCUAGGGAAAUUCAUUUCUUACUUUGGUCUCGACUCUCCUAUUUAACUCUUAAUGCUGUGUAGUGUUUUGUCUUGUCAAAAAUCUCUCUUGCUUUUUCACCAUUCGUCUACUGCUCUGUUUUCUCUCCAAUUCUGUGAGUGCAUCACAACAAUCUCACCUUGUGGCCACAAGAACCUCUGAUGCCAGAUUUGUUCAGAACGACGUGCUGUUGCUGGCUGUUGUGUGUCGCUGCGUUAUGAAUGCCUGGUUUGUGCGGGUGACUUCGCUUUCCGUUCAGUGGUGACACGACUGAUGGGGCUACUAGCUCCGACACUGGGCACUUGAUGAUUCCUGCUGCAUUUGCUCAUUACCUUUAGUACAACCUGUGCACCCAAACAGGCCUCCCCCUAAAAUGGGGACGCUUUGGCGUCCCCCUUCACCAUAGGAGCACUAGGCGUGCCUCUGCCUUAAUCCAAGGACUUGUUUUAAUUAGAUUUGCACGUUGCCACUGGCUUAGAAGCGUAAAACAAGAAAGACGGGCUCAGGUUUAUAGUUGAGAGAGACAGCCCAGAGUGGAGCAUGGGGGCGUCACAAACGCAGCUGUCUAUAUUCUUUAUUAUUUUGAUUGAUUACUGUCUGUCAUUAGGGAAUGACUGGCCAAAAUUAAAUACAUUUCUUAACUUUUAGCAAUUUGUAUUAUUUGUGAAAGAAUAUAUGCACCCAACUGAUUGCAGCACAUAUACACUAUCUUAGGGGGUGGCCAUAGCCCAGCGGAUUUUAGCCUAAGGAGAGGGGAGAUGCCAAAGCCCAAAAAUCGGGACUCGUGCUCGUAGCCGGGUACCAUCUUAGGCAUCACUUAGUUUUACUCCAAGGACCUGCAGGCAUUACUGUGGCAAACAAGAAGAACAGCCAUCGGGAAGCAGUAGAGACCCUCACUGGAAAAAGGUGACACUCUUUUAUGUUGUCUUUGAUUUCUCACGUAUUUACCAGCAUUUUCCUGUAAAGAAUUUCCUUAUUCUGAAUCUUUUCCUUGACGACUGUUUCCAACUGAGGAUAUGAUGGGUACAGAUGUAGAGAAAUGCCCAGACAACUGAGGACAGUAAAAAGAUGAAGUCAAAAGCUGAUUUCUGAAAGUCUUUUUUUUAGUAUAGUAGAACUUAUUUCAACUGUCAAUGUGUCCAUUUUCUACUCCAGCAUUCUCACUUGGAGUAAGUAGUAGGGAGCUGCUGUCAUUGCUUUGUUCUUUUUUGUUUUGCUUUUUUUUAAAGCCUUUUGAAUUUUAAGUAAUGUUUUCCUCUAAAUUAUGAACAACUUUUAGCAUAAUAAAGUCUUUUUUAAUCUC